AUGCUUUUCCAAGGUCGGAAAGGCCUCAAGCCGGAGAGUCCGAAUCAGGACUCCUGGUUUUGCUUGAAGGUGGAGCAGUGCUUCUCACUUUAUGCCGUCUUUGAUGGCCAUGGGUCGAAAGGCCACAAGGUUUCCCAGUUUGUCAAAGACAACCUGCCGAAGCUGAUCCUGAUGGUGCCCCGAUCUGUUGCAGACUUCGGGGGUGAUUUGGUGCAACUUCGUGGGACAUCUUCACCAGUUGGGGAUUGGGUCGCCAUGGUUCCAUCGUCCCCAUCGUCCCGAUGGCAGGACGAGCGGUUCGGAAAGGACUCGGCUGAUUUGCCAGAUAUGUUGAAGGAAAACUUCCAGCGCACGCAAGAUCUGAUCAUCGCCUCGGACAAGAUCGGCAAGCUGUCUGCGGCACUGUCGGGAACAACCGCAACCUUGGUGGUACACGACCAUGAAAGCAAACAGAUUACCGUCGCCCAUGUUGCUGACAGCUCCUCUGUGCUCGGCCGUAGAAAGGGACCCGACGACUUUGAGGCAGAGCAGCUCACGCGAGAUCACAAGCCCAAUCUCAAGGAUGAGAAGGCGCGCAUUGAGAAGGCCGGCGGCAUGGUUGUCUUCGAUGGCUAUGCAAACCACCGGAUUUAUGCCAGGAAUGCCCGCCAUCCGGGGUGCCAGCCUCGAGCGACGUCUUAG